UUUUCCAUUCUGAGACCAUGGUUAGGAAAGUUGCAGUGAUUGGUGCUGGCUGCAGUGGAUUAACUGCCAUUAAAUGCUGCCUAGAUGAAGGUCUGGAGCCCACUUGCUUUGAAAGGACUGAAGAUAUUGGGGGACUCUGGAGAUUUAAGGAUGUCCCAGAAGAGGGCAGAGCCAGUAUUUACCAAUCUGUCAUCAUCAAUACAUCCAAGGAGAUGAUGUGUUACAGUGAUUACCCUAUUCCUGAUGACCUCCCGAAUUAUAUGCAUAAUUCCAAAUUGCUACAGUAUUUCCGUCAAUAUGCUGAACAUUUUCACCUCCUGAAAUGUAUCCAGCUAAAGACUGCUGUUUGCAGCGUUAAGAAACGUCCAGAUUUUCUCACCACUGGUCAGUGGGAUGUUGUCACAGAGACUGAAGGAAAGCAGCAGACUCAUGUCUUUGAUGCUAUACUCGUCUGUUCUGGUCAUCACUCAACUGCAAAUCUACCACUUCACACUUUUCCAGGCAUUGACAAGUUCAAAGGCACGUAUUUCCACAGUCGUGACUACAAAACAGCAGAACCUUUCAGGAACAAAAGAGUAGUAGUGGUUGGUAUUGGAAACACGGCAGUGGACCUGGUGGUGGAGCUUAGCGCUGUGGCUAAACAGGUUUUUCUAAGCACCAGGAGAGGAGCAUGGCUACUAAACCGUGUUGCUGAUCAGGGCUAUCCAUUGGAUAUAGUCCUCUUCACUCGUUUCUACAGCAUUUUUCAAGUUGCAUUUCCGAGUCUGACAAAUAACUAUUUGGAGCAUAAAGUCAACUCCAGGGUUGACCAUGAAAACUUUGGCCUAAAACCACAGCACAGGUUCCUCAGCCAACAUCCUACAAUUAGUGAUGAUCUCCCCAAUCGCAUUAUCUCUGGCAAAGUUCUUAUGAAGACUAAUAUAAAACAGUUUACAGAGACCGAUGCCAUAUUUGAAGAUGGCACAGUUGAGAAAGACAUUGACGUUGUCAUUUUUGCCACAGGAUACCGUGUAUCAUUUCCCUUCUUUGAUGAGUCUAUCCUAAAGGUGGAAAAUAAUGAAGUACCUUUGUAUAAAAGGGUAUUUCCUCCACAUCUGGAAAAACAUACGCUAGCUUGCAUUGGCUACAUCCAACCUCUUGGUGCUAUAAUGCCUGUUUCUGAGAUGCAAACGCGCUGGGCAACAAGAGUCUUUAAAGGUCUGAGUCAGUUACCAUCCAUGCAUGACAUGAAGAUGGAAAUAAACAAUAGAAAAGAAGAAAAUCAGAAAAGGUAUGUCAAAAGUGAUCGUCAUACCAUACAAGUGGAUUAUGUGCCAUACAUGGAUGAAAUCGCAGAGGAGAUAGGCUGCAAGCCUAAUAUUAUGAAGUUAUUCCUGACAGAUCCUAAGCUGGCCUGGCAGAUGUUCUUUGGUCCAUGCUCACCUUACCAGUACCGCCUGUGUGGACCAGGGCAGUGGAGGGGUGCCAGGAAAGCAAUUUUUACUCAGCACGACCGUAUCGUCAAGCCCACAAAGACCCGUGUCCUGAAUAAUGACUCUGCUCACAGUUUCUUCCCUUUUACUCUGAAGCUCAUUGCCAUACUGAUUUUUUUUGCUGCCAUAUAUUUCUCUGUGUAAACUGGGCAUCUAAUACACUGCGUGAGAUGUAAUGAAGUCCAAGUUCAGCGGACGUGCGAGAUGACGGCUGAGCUUGUUUUUUUAUUUAAAGGGGCAAUCAUUUACAAGUCUAAACCAUACCUUGUAAAUGAAUGCCCCUUUAAAAAAAAAGUCUGAGUUCCCGCACGCCCACUGGACUCGGACAUCAUUGCAUCCUGGUUAUAGAUGAAACUUUUUGAGCAGAGUAGAUAUAGAGAAAUGCUUUCAUUAAUCAGUGAUAUCUGUUCCCCAUUAUUUGAUAAACUAUUACUUGAAAUUAGAUAAAUGCUAAUGCAAGUCACUGUACUUAAAGUAAGAAGCUUACAAAAAGUUCAAGUAAAAAUGCAAUUAACUAUGAAACAGAAGUUUACAGGAGGAUCCACAAUUGAUCCACAACUUUACUGUAUUAAAUGUAUCAUACAUUAUAUACAAGAGUGCUAAGGGGCACACUCAAUUGCGAGCAAAAUUUUCAUUAUCUAUUUUUCUGGCUGCCGCAGGGUUUUCCAUAUUUAGCUGCCCGAGAAAAGUUCUUCCAGCUUUAGAGCAGGUGAAAAGUCAGGGAAAAUCCCUAUUUUAAGGUAAAAAUGUCAGUGCUUGGUUCAAAAUCCAUGGGACACCCCUUCCCAUUAUUACUAGUUAGGCAAUUGGAAGUUACAUAUACCUAAAUUGGCCCAAUAAUUACAUGUCAUUACUGUGAUUAGAAAAUUGCCUCAAAUUACCCCCAAAACAUCUUUCUCUAUUUGUUCUGAACUUUUCAGUUUUAUUUGUUUGUAAUGUAUGUAAACGGAAAAAGUUUGCUUUUUAGAAUUUUUUUUUUACUGGUUUUAAAAAAUGUACAAAUCAUCUAUUUUUAGCAUUUUCAAAGCACAAAAUAUUUUUAAUUGGGACAGGAAUAGACUAAUAUAUACUGUUAGAAAUUAUUUUUAUUUUUGUUGGUACAGGCUGAUCUCAAUCCUGUUUUUUAUGAGAUAUUUUGCAAGAAAAAUUCCAAAUGUGUUGACCCUCUUUUAUCCCACGAACGGAUCACAGGUGCAAAUUUGCUGUGAUUGCGAUUAUGUGCCCCCAUUUACAGCAAAUGUGCUGGAGCAUGCACACUAUGCGUCCCUAUAGAACUAGGUGCAUGCGCAUUGACUGAGAACAUUCUGUUUGUAGCAAACGACCCAGGGCACAUCCAGAGGCGUAGCUACACCUUUGGGGGCCCCAUAGCACAAUUUCCACGGGGCCCCCAGCGCACCCCCCCCCCCCACUCCCCCCCCUCCCCAGCCCCAGACUACUUACUUAGGGCUCAGUCCCUCAACCUCUUUCCCCCGAUGGUGGCCAGAGAGCGGGUGGAGCUGGUAUGCGGGCGCUCACCUUAAAUGUCCCGUGCUGGCUGCUCUGCAGGAUCGCCCGGCCUUGCUAUGUUCUCUCUCCUCACUGACUUAAACAGGGAGGAGGCAGGGCUGUAGUCCGGGGAUGUCCCUGCAAGCACAGCCGCGCUUCCUCUCAGCUUCUGACUGUGAGGAGAGACGGAGCGGCCAGGAGAGAAGUUAAAUAAAAAGCAGUACAAAUAGGUGCAGGGAGAGUGCAGGGCCCCGGAGGCAGCCAGGGCCCCAUAACAGUGCACUCCCUGCACCUAUGGUAGCUACGCCCUUGGGCACCUCCAUUCCUCAACCAAUUUUUUCAGUCAGAUGUCAGGAGGGUGCACACCAGCACUUAUGAAAAAAUGGUCACUUAUAGCCACUGUAAUUUUUACCACAAAAAUCACGCACUUAAUUGGAUACUCUUCUAAGCAGUGCCAGAGUCUUUGCUGUCAAUGUGCAGGCGCCAUCUUCCCGAAAAUAUCACUAGGAAGAUGGCGCCAGCCUGUAUAAUUAUUCUCAGAGUCAGGAGGGAGGGCUGAGGACAGCAGACCCAGGCCCUGCCAACUUGCCAAGCCGAUCCAGCAGCCUAGUCCCGGGUAAUUAGUACCUGCUCCUCCACUCUCUUGGCGCCAAUGUGUGUGGCGCACAAAUACUGAGCAGUUUAUCUCUUAAUUGUAGAGGUGAGCUUGGACAUGAAACACAGUGGUUUCACAGUAACAGAUACCAGUGUGUCAAUGUAAAUCUCUCCCCACAUUUGCCAUUUUCCCUUUCCAGCAGCACAACAUGGUUUAGUCAAGUUAUAAAAUUCCACCAACAGUCUGGAUUUAUUCCCAACUUUAAAUGGGGCUCUGCCUGGACAAUUCUAGAACAUUGGCCAGCACACAGGGCUGGCAACAGAAAUCUUGGGGCCCCGUACAAUGAUAUCUCUGGGGCCCCCUCAUAUAUAUAUAUAUUAAAGCGUAAUGGAAUUUGAUGCACUAUAUAAUAAACUGUUACAUUGUGGUGUGGAUCUGAGACUAAAAGUAACAGAAGAAAAAAGAAGCAAGGAAGAUAUACACACCAUAAAAUAGACUGAAACGGAGUGUGGCGACAAGAAUGAACUGAAGAUUACAGAGGAGGUCGACCGUUUUGUGGAAACGAGUUCUACUAAAUACAAUGAGCCAGAGGAAAGUCACAAUCUCUAUAUGUCGAAACCAGAAAAACUGAGAGCCACGGAGUCUAAACAAGAUUCCGACAGAGACUUGGACUUAAAAGACCAGGGGAUCGACAGGCACUGUGUCAAGCCGUAAUCCGGUACGCAAUAUUAUUCUUGCGUGUGACGAAAACUUUACUAAAGGAUACUACACUAUAGGCGCUCUGUUGUUUCUUCCUCUAUUUUCAGAUUUCUCUUUGGGCUACGAAUACCUAGUGGCACAUUUUGAAGAACUGAGCAGCCACCCGAUAAAACGGGGAGAGUGUGGACUGUUGGUUAAUCAAACCUUGAACUAGUUGAAAAAACUUAUUUACUGGACUGGUCAUUUAACCAAUUUAUUUCUGACUGCAGAUUGCACUUUUUACAGUGAGGCAUUACGCAUAAAUUUGACGAGCGCACUGAUUCACUCAUUUAUAAAAUAAAUAUAUAUGUAUACAAAUAUAUACAUUUGUAUUUCUCUUCUUCCCCACACACACCACAGUCUGUCUCUCCCCAAUGACUCCAUGCUACAUUCACAGCUCCCCCACCCCAUCCCAAAGCCCUGUAUCCCCUCACCAAUUCACUCUUACCCUGGGAAGAGACUCACCUGUGCUGCACUCACCAGUAUCCAGAACCAAACGCUUCACAGCAGGAACCAUGCGGCCCUCACUCCCCACCAGAAGAAGCCAGCACUGGGCACAGGAAUCCUGGCCAGUGGUGCUGCUGGCAUGUACCGUAACUGACUGCAACAGAGCUGGACACGGAAGAGCAGGCGCACACUGCGCUGCACAGUCACUGUGUGUGAGAGGCUGCACUGUGUCACUCUGAGGCUGCAACCACACUGCCUACGGCUCGCUACACUAUUUGAACAAGACGGCUUGCAUCCCUGCUGGGCAUUAAGCAGUAUAUAGUUGGGGCCCCUCUGAUCCUUGGGGCCCUGUACAAGUGUCCCCUUUGACUCCCCGUUUCUGGCCCUGACAGCCCACACCUUUCACUUGGCUUUAUAAUGACACCUGAACAUUUGUGAGACCUCACAUUACUCCAGUCACAUGGGGGUAAUUUAGACCUGAUCAUUAGGUUGCGUUUUCUCACAGCCUGCGAUCAGGUCUAAACUGCGCAUGCAUAUGCACCACAAUGCGCAGGUGCGUUGCACGGGUGCAAAGCGGAUCACAACUCAGCGAUGGGUUUGUGCGAAGAAUUCAUUUGCACAGGGGAUCGCUAGGAGAUUGACGGGAAGGGGGCGUUUCUGGGUGGCAACUGACUGUUUUGUGGGAGUGUCUGGAAAAAUGCAGGCAUGUCCAAGCGUUUGCAGGGUGGGUGUCUGACGUCAAUUCCAGUUCCGAUCAGGCUGAAGUGAUCGCAGUGGCUAAGUCCUGGGCUGCGCAGAGACUGCACAAAAUCAGUUUGUGCAGCUUGACUACACAUGCGUUCGCACACUUGCACAACUAAAAUACAUUCCUCUCUGUAGGCGGUGACUAUCUGAUCGCAGCAGCACAAAAAUCGCCUGCUAGCGAUCAGGUCUGAAUUACCCCUAUUGUGUGCCUGGCUGUCACAUUCCUUCACAUUAUACUUUUGGAAACACAUUGCUUCCCCUGAGUGUUGCACAAUUAUCCCCUGAUUGUUGCACAAUUAUCCACUUUCAGUCAUUUCACCAGUCGUGUUAAACCAAAUUCUGCAUUGUUCUGCUUUGAAGUUGCUGAUGACUGGUUAACUUAUUAUAUAUAGUGGCUGCAGGUUAUAAUAAGGUACACAGUAGUAACAGAUGCUUAAAACGAUGUGUACAAUAACAAAACACCCAUCUUGGAUAAAUGCUUUGUUUAAAGGUAAUUACAAUGCUAAGAAUGUAUACUGUACUACAGCUUUAUCUGAGCUUAUAAAUGCUCUUUAUCUGAAUAAAACAUUUU